AAUCUUAGCCUCCACCCAAAGUCCAAAGAAUGAAGCAUACACCAAAAGGAAGCGUUUUAUUGUAUACCUUCAACUUCAUUUAGCAGAAUGGUUGGAUGGAACAGCUCAAUGACCGUGCAGAAAUGUGAACCAUCUAAAGCAUGCUCAUUGUUCCUUUUAUCACCAUAGCAGAGUUCAACGAUUACAUAUUUGACUUCAAUUUACAAAAGCUUACUGCUGAGAGCUUUUCCAGUCUGUGGCUUCUCUCUCCUCAGAGGACUCCACUGCAUUGCAACAUGAUUAGACAUUUGCAUCCAGGGCAGCGGAAGGAUUGCAUGGGCCCAGUGCCAUCUUACUAACACCGAACAAGAAGGAAAAUGGUUCUCCCACAUUACUGACAUUUUCAAAGGAAUUUUACCUAUCCUUCGGCAAGAACUAAUAUGAGCUGAGAGGAAAGGAAUGUUACCAAAUCACCAAAGUUCACUUCAGCACCUACAUGACUUCCCCAGGCAUGUCAAGGACUGAUCCGUGUGUCUCCAGAACACUCUGGCCUAAAAAGCAAGCAAGUUGUGCUGAUAUUUAAUCUAUCUUUAUACUUUACAAGCUAACUCUUAAAAAUUGAAAUGUCAUCAACUGGAGAGUCUGAUAAUUAUCAGCAUUGUAGAAUGAAGGAAGAAAUUAACCUUUCUCCUUUGCUACAGCUCUUAAACUGAUAUUGCUUGUGGAAAGAAAUGCCCCAUUGGUGCCAGUGUGGGAUUUCUGACCAAUGCAGUCACUCCUCCAGCCACAGCAGAGGAGGAAGUUCCAUGUCUGUGACAUCCCAGCCCCACCACAGCGGAUACUUCAUAUUAAACAUUUAACAAAGCACAAUUGCCAUGCUAGUUCCAUUCUUCGUUAUCUGACUACAAAUGACAUGAACUGGGGCUGACCCCUUGGCCGAGAUGGCUGCAGAACUCCCCCUUCAAAUAGAGGGAAGCAGUGCAGCUUGAAUCAGAGGGAAAUGCUGAGCCAUCCCCCAAGAAUGCUGGUACCUGAGGGUGGUGGCUAGGACUGUGGCGGGUGAAGCAGUGUCCACUGACAGGAAGAGAUGCCUUAAGAAGAAAGGCCUUCUUGGAAACACAGACCUUCUCCCGACUGGAAUUUCUCUUCAAAGCCCUGUGAAGAACUGCAGCUGAGCAUUGUGGGAGGCCCUGGAAGCUCUCCGAUAGGACUCCUGGCUGUGCUGCGAUGAUGUCCAUGUCCCAGAACUUUCUCUUGCCAGGGUAUUUUUGGCACAAUGAUAAAUUUCAUCUUUCUGAGAAUGUUAUGAAGAUCAAUGAUGUAAACCAUCCAUUUGAAUGACGCUGGACAUUUACAACUGGAAUUGUUACGGAAUAAAAAUAAUUUAAAAGGGGAGUCAAUAAUGGUGGCUUCUGACUGCAGAAUGAAAAGGUUUUGGCUGCUUCUCAUAGUUAGCUUCCUGCAGUGUACAGAAGGUUUCAGUCGAGCAGCAUUACCGUUUGGUUUAGUAAGGCGAGAACUGUCCUGUGAGGGCUACUCCAUUGAUCUUCGAUGCCCAGGAAGUGAUGUCAUUAUGAUAGAGAGUGCUAAUUAUGGACGGACAGAUGACAAAAUUUGUGAUGCUGACCCUUUCCAGAUGGAGAACACAGAAUGUUUCCUUCCUGAUGCCUACAAAAUUAUGACACAAAGGUGCAACAACAGAACUCAGUGUAUAGUAGUUACAGGAUCAGAUGUAUUUCCUGAUCCUUGUCCUGGAACAUACAAAUACCUCGAAGUCCAAUAUGAAUGUGUCCCUUACAUUUUUGUUUGCCCUGGGACGUUGAAAGCUGUUGUGGAUUCCCCAAAUUUAUAUGAAGCUGAGCAAAAGGCAGGUGCCUGGUGCAAAGAUCCUCUUCAGGCUGCAGAUAAAAUAUACUUCAUGCCAUGGACUCCAUACCGCACUGACACCUUGAUAGAAUACGCAUCUUUAGAGGACUUCCAAAAUGGGCGCCAGCAGACAACAUAUAAACUUCCAAAUCGAGUGGAUGGUACUGGAUUUGUGGUAUAUGAUGGUGCAGUCUUCUUUAACAAGGAAAGAACCAGGAACAUUGUAAAGUUCGACUUAAGGACUAGAAUAAAGAGUGGAGAGGCUAUUAUAAAUUAUGCCAACUACCAUGACACUUCCCCUUAUAGAUGGGGGGGAAAGACUGAUAUUGAUUUGGCAGUUGACGAAAAUGGCUUAUGGGUGAUUUAUGCUACAGAACAAAACAAUGGAAUGAUAGUUAUUAGCCAACUGAAUCCUUAUACUCUGCGCUUUGAAGCAACAUGGGAAACUACUUAUGACAAACGGGCAGCAUCUAAUGCCUUUAUGAUAUGCGGGGUUCUCUAUGUUGUGCGAUCAGUAUACCAAGACAAUGAAAGUGAAACUGGCAAAAAUGCAAUUGAUUACAUUUAUAACACCCGGUUAAGCCGUGGAGAAUAUGUAGAUAUUCCUUUCCCCAACAUGUACCAUUACAUUGCUGCCGUGGAUUACAAUCCAAGAGACAAUCAACUAUAUGUGUGGAACAACAACUUCAUCCUUCGCUAUUCUUUAGAGUUUGGCCCACCAGACCCUGCUCAAGUGCCUACCACAGCAGAGACAAUAACUCCUUCCACAGAGCUGUACAAAACAACUGUAUCAACUACAAGCACUACACCACAGAAAAUUCCUAUUAGUACAACAUUGGCUGGGAGAACAAAAGAUGACAACAGAGGCCCCAAGCCACCACCAGCAGUUUCUACCACCAGAAUUCCCCCUGUCACAAGUUUCUUCCCUUUGCCAGAGAGAUUCUGUGAACCUGAUACUGCCAGAGAGAUUAGUUGGCCUCAGACUCAAAGAGGAAUCGUGGUGGAACGUCCCUGCCCCAAGGGAACUCGUGGCACAGCUUCAUACCUCUGCAUGGUUUCCACUGGAACAUGGAACCCUAAGGGCCCUGAUCUUAGUAAUUGUACUUCACACUGGGUAAAUCAGCUGGCCCAGAAGAUCAGAAGUGGAGAAAAUGCUGCUAGCCUUGCCAAUGAAUUGGCUAAACACACCAAAGGACCUAUUUUUGCUGGUGAUGUGAGUUCAUCAGUCCGACUGAUGGAACAGUUAGUGGACAUUCUUGAUGCUCAGCUCCAGGAUCUGAAGCCCAAUGAGAAAGACUCUGCUGGACGGAGCUAUAACAAGCUCCAAAAGCGAGAGAAGACAUGCAGGGCUUACCUUAAGGCUAUUGUUGACACGGUGGACAACCUGCUUAGGGCUGAAGCUCUGGAAUCUUGGAGAGAUAUGAAUUCUUCUGAACAAGCACAUGCUGCAACAAUGUUACUUGAUACACUAGAAGAAGGGGCUUUUGUCCUGGCAGACAAUCUGUUAGAACCAACAAGAGUCGCAAUGCCUACGGAUCACAUUGUCCUUGAAGUUGCGGUGCUCAGUACAGAAGGGCAGGUGCAGGACUUGAAAUUUCCUCAGGGCAAUGCAGGAGGCAAUUCAAUCCAGCUCUCUUCAAGCACUGUGAAACAGAACAGCAGAAAUGGGCUAGCAAAGCUGGUUUUCAUAAUUUAUAAAAGCUUAGGCCGGUUCCUCAGUACCGAAAAUGCAACCAUAAAACUAGGAGGCGAGUUUGCCGGCAGGAACAGUACCAUUGCUGUGAAUUCUGAUGUCAUUGCAGCCUCCAUCAACAAGGAGUCCAGCCGUGUCUACUUGACUGAUCCUGUUCUUUUCACCCUGGCACACAUUGAUCCUAACAAUUAUUUCAAUGCCAAUUGUUCCUUCUGGAACUAUUCAGAACGGACUAUGAUGGGAUAUUGGUCAACUCAAGGUUGCAAGUUGAUUGACACAAAUAAAACUCAUACCACAUGUGCAUGUAGCCACCUAACCAACUUUGCAAUCCUCAUGGCCCAUAGGGGAAUUGUGUACAAAAAUGGAAUGGAUGGGUUACUCCUUACUGUCAUCACCUGGGUGGGGAUUGUCAUUUCCCUUGUCUGCCUGGCAAUUUGCAUCUUCACUUUCUGUUUCUUCCGUGGCCUUCAAAGUGAUCGAAACACAAUUCACAAGAACCUUUGCAUCAACCUCCUCAUUGCAGAAUUUAUUUUUCUAAUAGGCAUUGAUAAGACAGAAUAUAAGAUUGCAUGCCCAAUAUUUGCAGGCCUCUUACACUUUUUCUUCCUGGCAGCCUUUGCCUGGAUGUGCCUAGAAGGGGUGCAACUCUAUCUCAUGUUAGUAGAAGUAUUUGAAAGUGAAUAUUCUAGGAAGAAGUACUACUAUGUUGCUGGCUACCUCUUCCCUGCCACAGUUGUUGGUGUCUCAGCAGCUAUUGACUAUACCAGCUAUGGAGCAAAGAAUGCUUGCUGGCUCAAGGUUGACAACUAUUUUAUCUGGAGUUUUAUUGGGCCUGUUACCUUCAUUAUUCUGCUGAAUCUUAUCUUCCUGGUGAUCACACUGUGCAAAAUGGUGAAGCACUCAAAUACUUUGAAGCCGGACUCUAGCAGGUUGGAAAACAUUAAGUCUUGGGCCCUAGGUGCAUUUGCUCUUCUGUGUCUUCUUGGUCUGACGUGGUCUUUUGGCCUGCUUUACAUCAACGAGGAGACCAUUGUGAUGGCAUACCUCUUCACAGUAUUUAAUGCUUUCCAAGGGAUGUUUAUUUUCAUCUUUCAUUGUGCACUUCAAAAGAAAGUACGUAAGGAGUAUGGCAAGUGCUUCAGACAUUCAUACUGUUGUGGAGGAUUGCCAACAGAGAGCCCUCACAGUUCAGUAAAGGCAUCAUCUACAAGGACUAGUGCUCGCUAUUCUUCUGGCACUCAGAGCCGAAUAAGAAGGAUGUGGAAUGAUACUGUGAGAAAACAAUCUGAAUCUUCCUUUAUCUCAGGUGAUAUCAAUAGCACUUCAACACUUAAUCAAGGACAUUCACUGAACAAUGCCAGGGAUACAAGUGCCAUGGAUACUCUACCGCUAAAUGGUAAUUUCAACAACAGCUACUCUUUGCGCAAUGGAGACUAUAAUGACAGUGUGCAAGUUGUAGACUGUGGACUGAGCCUGAAUGAUACUGCAUUUGAAAAAAUGAUCAUUUCAGAAUUAGUGCACAACAACCUGCGAGGCAGCAGCAAGAACCAUAACCUAGAGCGCACAUUACCAAUCAAAGCUGUGAUCGGCGGGAGCAGUAGUGAAGAUGAUGCCAUUGUAGCAGAUGCUUCAUCUUUAAUGCACAGUGAUAAUCCAGGCCUGGAGCUGCACCAAAAGGAACUUGAGGCCCCUCUGAUUCCCCAACGGACUCACUCCCUUCUGUAUCAGCCACAGAAGAAAGUGAAGACUGAAGGAACAGACAGCUAUGUGUCCCAGCUGACAGCUGAAGUUGAAGACCACCUCCAGUCCCCCAACAGAGACUCUCUCUACACAAGCAUGCCCAACCUCAGAGACUCUCCUUACCCAGAGAGUAGUCCCGACAUCGAAGAAGACCUCUCUCCCUCCCGAAGGAGUGAGAAUGAGGACAUUUACUACAAAAGCAUGCCAAACCUUGGAGCUGGCCAUCAGCUUCAGAUGUACUAUCAAAUAAGCAGGGGCAAUAGUGAUGGCUACAUAAUUCCCAUUAACAAGGAAGGAUGUAUUCCAGAAGGGGACGUUAGGGAAGGACAAAUGCAACUAGUGACAAGCCUUUAAUAGUGUAGCAAAGGAAUACUGAAGGCCACAUGCAAGUAUUAAACAGACUUAAUUGGCCCCAUGCAGGCUCCCUCAUAUCUGCUUGAAGUGACAAUUCUGUUGUCCCUGUGGUUUCUCCCAUGUAGAGGAGAUGACUGGACCUUGCAGUUCUGUGAAUUUUUAUAAAACAAAGCUUUGUAUAUACACAGAGUAUACUAAAAGAAUUAUUUGUUACAAAGAAAAAAAGAUACCAUCAAGGUAUUUUAAGAUAUCUUGCUGCUGAUGUAAAAGAGAUUGUGAAAUACACAUACAAACACAACACAUAAACACACAGAGAGAAAACGUUCCAGCCAUUUUACUGCAGCAGUUUGUGAACUAAAUUUGUAAAUAUGGAUGCAUCAUUUUUGUAGGCCUGCAUUGUAUUAUAUACAAGACGUAGGCACUAAAAUCCUGUGGGAAAAAUUUACUGUACCUUACUAUUCCUGACAAGACUUGCAAAAGCAGGAGAGAGAUUCUGCAUCAAUUUGCAGUUUACUGCAAAUCUUUUCCAUUAAGGCAAAGAUUGAAAACAUGUCUAACCACUAGCAAUCAAGCCACAGGCCUUAUUUCAUAUAUUUCCUCAACUGUACAAUGAACUGUUCUCAUGAAAAAAAUGGCUAAAGAAAUUAUAUUUUGUUCUAUUGCUAGGGUAAAUAAAUAAAUACAUUUGUGUCCAAAAGGAAA